AUGCUGAUCUUAUCCCUCGAUCACGCCCGGAAACUGGGCCUUGUCCUUCUCGUCACAUUCUCGACACUCACCAUCUCUGGUAUCGACGGCGCUCCCUCCCAACACCUCGCCAAACGUGGCGCCGACAUUGCUGUUUCAACCUCUGCCUCUGCAUCGCUUGAACUCCCUCAGCCCGGAUUCUUUGCCGACAGACAGCCAGCGGCAAGUUUCAAGGCAGUCGAGUUUGACGACGACGACGACGACCAAGAGCAACAACCCGACGAUGACGAGUUCGAUCCAGAAGAAGAGGAAGAGGAAGAGGAUGGACCUGAGGCUGGAGCGGUGGUGAUCAACAAGGCCAAACAACCCAGCACCCCUCCCAAAUCCCUCCCCUCGGACCCCUACGCCCACUACACCUACGAGAAGCCCUAUGCCCCCGCAGCCAAUAGUCUCCAACCUGGCAAGAAGGCCCGUCGGACCAUGAUUAUCGGAGACGUCCAUGGAUCUCUGGUCGGUCUGAAUGGGUUUCUGAAGCAGGUCAAAUUCGAUGCCAAACUGGACGAGGUCAUCCUUGCGGGUGAUCUGGUUGCCAAGGGUCCUCAGUCCUUGGAGGUGGUCGAUAAGGCUAGACAGAUCCAGGCCCGAUGUGUGAGGGGCAACCAUGACGACAAGGUUCUCCGGUGGAAGGGAUUCCUUGACAGCAAGAAGAAGGGCAUCCCUUCUGAUCUGGUUGAGAACUCGGAGCACCACAUUAUUGCCAAGAAGAUGUCCAAGGAGCAGUACCAGUACCUCCUCUCCUGCCCUCUCAUCCUGACCGUCCCCAAGGAACUCUCUGUCAAGAAGAUCCCUAUCCAUGUCGUCCACGCCGGAAUUGACCCGAGCGACAACAUGAGCAAGCAGCUGCCCUGGGUGUUGGUUAAUGUCCGCAACAUCCUCAAGGAUGGGAGCCCCUCGCGUAAGAAGAAGAAGGGUGAGGGAUGGGCGCAAUUGUUUAACGACUUCCAUUCCAAGCGGGUCAAGCAAGGAGAGCCCGAUUUCUUGCUGACCUAUGGUCAUGAUGCUGGUCGGUCGUUGAAUGUCAAGAAGUGGUCGAUUGGGUUGGAUACUGGUUGUGUCUAUGGACGCAAGCUGUCGGCGUAUGUGGUCGAGACCGGGGAGGUUUACUCUGUCAAUUGCCCUGACCUUGGACUCAACUCUGACGACGAUUGA